GAUAGAUAGAUAGAUAGAUAGAUCGUUAGACAGACGCACGAAGAAAGAGGAGAGUCACGAAGGAGAAGAGGAGGAGAACAUAUACCGUGGGCGUUGAGUGAUUGUUGUCGGUGCUAGUUUCCAUCGGGAGUCAUGAGGGACACGAGCGAUAUGAUGGAGGACGCCUUGUCGGAGGACACAAUGAUGGAUUGCGGAGGGGACGGUGGAGGUUUGGAGGACUUCGUCGACUUGGCCAACGAUAUCACGGAUAAUUCGCCCACCAUACGAGAUGCCGCCGAACGGCUGCUGACGCUGUUAGGCGUGGAUGACGGCGACAACGAGGACCUCGUUUCCUCGUCCGAGGAUGAGGGUGUCGAAGUGGACAUCGACGAGCUCGAGGACGACGACGAGGAGACGGGGAGCGCGAAGCUGCUGCAUCACCUCGCCGUCUCUCUCGCUCAGGAGCUCAAGUACUCCAGCAGCCGGUCGAUCCCGUCCACUUCCGGCAGAGCGGCGCAUCAAGCCCGGGCCGGCGGCGUGGAGAUGCUGCAGGGUGCGAGCUACCUCGAGCGCGGCUGCCUCCAGGACCAAGCGCAGCCGAAAGCGACCGCGGCUGCUCAUCAUCAGGGCGACUUCUUCGGCCGCAGCGAGCAACUGCUCGCGGACGAGCGGACCACCGUCAUCCGCAGCAAGUUCCUCAACUUUGACGACUUCUGCGAAGAGCACCAAGAGCCGCAGCACAGCCGGUCCUUCGAGCCGAAGGACACUGCGAGUCACAGUUUCCCCGACUACAUGUGUCUCGAUCAGCGCCUGAGAACCGAGGAUCAGGCCGCAGCGCAGCCUGGCAAGUACUUCGGUCAUCAGCAGCAGCAGCAACAGCAACAGCAGCAGGACGGCGACUCCUGGGCGGCUGGGUGGGACGCGUGCGCCAACGAGGCGCUCCGAUACCUCGUCGAGGACGAGGGCCUGCCGCUUCAUCAUCCCACGGUCGUCGCCAUGAAGAAUCACCUGGACCUGCAGAGGGAGCGGGCGUUCACGCAGCACACCGGCUACACGGAGGCCAAGGCACAGGAUAUGAACUUGGCUUUGGAUUGACUCGGCCGAUGAAGUUCCAGGCUCAAGGUAGUGGUUACUGCAGGUCGCUUCUCUCACACGGCGCGUCGUCGUCGUCGUCGUCGCCGUCGUCGUCGUCGUCGUCGUCGUCGAGGAACUCUCUCCGUUGAGCUAGAGGUCGUGAGGGAAGAUGUGUUCUCCGGAGUCACGCGGAAGUCUCGAGUAAAUUCGUUUUAUUAUUUAUACAAAUUUAUCUUCCUUUCUCUCUCUCUCUCUCUCUCUCUCUCUCUCUGUCUCUCGCUAUCACUUUAUUUCUUUUUUACUCGCACACACGCAACAGGACACGCAACAGAAUGGUGUGUCGUGAAAUCGUUCGCGCAGGAUUCUCUUCGGUUUCUUACUCUUCUUCCGAGGAAGAAUCCCAAGCUUCUCGGGAGUCGCAAUUUAUUCGACGUCGCGACGUCGAACAAUUCGCGAUCGAUCCGCUUUCCUCGAUUUUGCUACUUGUUUCUUACGUUACGCCGAAAUAUGAGCGAUCGGAUAUGGCUCGGUGUACACCAACGUUCCUCGAGAUGUUGAUGACUCGCGUUGGAUGUACGGAUUUCGGGGCGUCGGUGUCGAGGUAAAUGUAAUCGCGCACAUGGUGUCCGCGCCGUUUGGAUACUUCGCAGUUUGGAACGCGGCCGAUUGUCGAACGAGGGAGACUCGAGCCCUCGCAAUUCGUCAGAAGUAAAAGACUCUUGCCGAGAAAGUGCGCUUAGGCCGCACAUUGAAACCAAGUGCACGUCGAUUUCAUUGUUUGACAAUUAUCAUUUCGAGCGCGUUCAUACGCUGGAUCGAUAUGCGCGCUGUGUUUUUUUUUUUUCCUUUGCGACGAGGUCGACGAUCUCGUAGAGAGUUCGCGCAUUAAUCGAGGACUAAGAUUCCUUUCGCGGUCCCCUCCCGUUUCAGAGGAGCCCUUAAUUCCUCGCGCGACGCUCCUCUGCGAUGAUUGGGAGAUGGCUUCGAGAGCCAUUAAGAGAAAAUAUUUCCGACAAUUAGAGUCAUCGAACGAGGUAGGAGAAUCAGAACUAGUUAUAACUCAUAGAACAAAUUCCUAAGUUAGUUUAUCGUAAGUCAGAAGGAAGACGAUCGGUUAAUGUAGCAAGAUAAAGGAAGACGCGAGAAUGUUGGAGAAUGUUCGUUACGAGAGGAACGUGAGGCAAACGCUGAUAAUUGUCGGCAGAAAGAUCCUUUCGAUCAUCAGAAGCGCACGCCUGGAUUUGAUAUCUUUACUUUAGAAAUACCAGAUAACAUAAUCCUAAUUGACUGAACAACGUCAACAAUUCGGCGAAUGAAGUUCGCGAAUUUUAAUUAUUUACUCAGAUGGGUGGGUAUGUAAAAAUUUUAUGUUGUAUCGAGAAACACACUUCGAAAGAGUUACUUUGAUAUUUCGAUAAUCGAAAUUCCGAAUUGCCGCGGAACGAUUUUCAGUCGCAUCCUACACGAAAGGAAGGAGCAUUGGGUGGUUGGGCUGGGAGGGAGGGGGGUGCUACAAUGUCUCGACAAUAGCGAGGAAACGUUUCAGCCCCGAAAGUUGUAUGCACAUGAUUCGGAUUAGGCGAGAGACGACGACAGCUCAGCGACUAGGUAGGGACUUACUCGGCUAUAGAUGAAUGAAUUAUUAUUUAGGACGAACGAUAUCAUCGUUCCUCGUAUACGACGAAUUGAUCAGGCUUACGCGUCGUUUCGCAGCGCCGGCGUUCGAUCAAUCCUGUAUUGAUAAAGAUAAAAGGAGAAGCAGAAGAAGAGGAGGAAAAGAGGAGAAAAGAAGUAAAAGCGAUCCUCGCGAGUGAUUCAGGAUCGACGGCCGACCUCGAUCGUGCGUCACUCGUCGGAUCGGACACGACUGUACGUCGUGAUUGAUCGCGCAGAAAGGAUCGGAGACACGAAUCGCAAACGAAUCGCCGGGCAUUUUUUCAAAGUCUGUCGCUCUCUUCGCUCACACAGGAGGCGAUCUCGGCGUCCUUGUUUUCGCCGCGCGCGUCCUUUCCGCGCGAUCGAUCGUACCGAGAGCACGCUCUGUAAUCUCUGUACAUAUGUAUGAUAUCGUUUUAACUUAUACACACAACUAUUGUUACUUUUACAAUAAAUCAUUGUAGAUAACAUUGACCACACGACACAGUAAAUAAACGACCGCUAAGUUAAUUAA